AUGUGCUUCACAAAAAUCGGAUCCCCUAUACCAAGUUAUCCAUGCACACUCUGCGAGCUCAAAUCUCUAUGCAUCUCGGUUUCUGAAAGAAUCCGAUACGUGGAAAAAUCACCAUUUCCCAUUCUGAAACUUCCGAAUGUUCCACUGGAAUUGGUAACGAAAAUGAUGAAUUCUAAUGAGAUAAUCAAACUCUCCGUUUGCUCCUAUCGAUUGGAGUUGUUUCUGAGGACUCAUAGAUACAGAAUCAAAGGAUUCCAUGUCCAUUUGAGUGACCGAUUGAUUCAAUUCGAUAUGAACGAGUCGACAGAAAUCAACAGUACCUAUUUCGAAAAUGGGUUCUUUUUGAGGCGGCCGAUCAAGGAGGUUGUCAAGAUGGAACAGUUUUGUAAAAGUCAAACUACGGAGCAUAACAAUUAUUUCAACAUCCAAUCAUUUUCACCUGAGGCCAGUUUCAAGCUUUACCAUCAUAUUAGUUCACUUUUCGUUAGUCAUCCGAUAAGCUGUGAGGGGCGUAUCAGCUCAGUGCUCUCAACUCCUUGCGUCCAUUGGGUAUUUUUUAAUGAUGAACUAAAAAUCGAGACUAUUAAACGUUAUUUGGAUACUACGUUGUCUCAGAAAUGUUGCAAAUUCACAUUCCGGAAGGGUCAAAUGAGUAAAGAGUUGCUAACAGAAAUAAUGGAUAAAGUCCCUGUGACAAUGGCAUUGAACAUCGAUUCGGGUAUUCCAUUGGAUUUCAAACAUUCUAAUGCUUUCAAAUACCCCGUAAUUCAGUAUACCGAGGCUCGCUGGGCUACACUAGACGACUUGAAAUCUGUCAGAAAUUCCCGUUACAUUGAGUUGAAGACUACUAAUUUCGACUACGAAGACCUUAGCCAAUUCUUAAAAUAUUGUGUCAAUUGCGAUGAUGAUAUGUUAGAGCUGCUGACAGUGGGCAUACGAGAAGGUCUGGAAUACGACGGAGAGAGACUCACCGAUGGACUGGUCACGCUGCAAGUCCAUGGCUAUUUUGAAUAUUACACAAAAGUGAAAAACACGAAGAAUCGACAGUUUGUGAUAGCCCGGUUUUUUCUGGAUUCGCUUCAUAGAUUUGUUCUCCAUAUGACUACUGCCGAUAAAAAUCCUAUCGAGUUUGCACUUCUUGAAAUGCUUGAAAAGAAGAAGGGACUGGAAGAGGAAUUGAUGGAGAUACAGGAGGCGGAAGAUAUCGGUGAAAUCGGCGGAGGGCAUUUCCAAGAAAGGAACAGAAGAAAAAGAGAAAUUGAGAUGGAAGUGGAAAAGUUGAGAGAGGAAAUAGUUCAGAGAGAUACUGUUGGAUAUGUUUAUGGAAUGUAA